AAGACCAAGGAAUGUGUGACUCUUCACCGUGUGUCAAUGAAGGAACAUGCAUAAACACUGGACGCAGUUACCGCUGCGAUUGUUCGCGUGGUUACUAUGGAAAGCAGUGUCAAUUUGGCUGUGGAUUCAGAGAACUGGGUCUUAAAGUACCAAGCAAUCGUCGAAUUCCAGAUAAAGACAUCACAGCUUCCUCUCAAAGAGGCAAGGGGCGGGCAGCUUACCGAGGGAGGAUUGGUGUCGAGACUAUGGGUAGCUGGGAGGAUGGCUGGUGUUCGUCACAAACAGACCCGGCGCCAUACUUCCAAGUGUUUUUUGGGUAUCUUACAAACGUAAGUGUGAUUGAAACAGAAGGUGUCACGGAUGGUUUAACAAACGCUUGGGUCGAAAGUUACUAUGUAUCAGUGAGUAACAGUUCUGAGAGGGAAUCAUUCGUCAACUACACUGAACAAGGAGAUAUAAGAAUUUUCAAAGUUAACGAGAACAUUGAUGGUAUAAAUGCAUCUCUGCACGGGACGUGGACUCAUUACAUUCGAAUUCAUCCAGUUGGCUACAGAGGCACAUCUCCCUGUUUGCGUAUUGCUCUGUACGGCUGUGACUCAGAGGACUUCCCCUCCUCAGGUGUUUUAUUACAAAGAAGCGACGAAGCAACAGAGGAAAAAGCAGUGUUUGACACAUUUUUAGCAGUGAUUCCAGUAGUCCUGUUCCUUGGUUUCUUGGGAGGUUCAUUGUUCGUCUUCAUUCGUUCACUUCGAAAUCGAUCUAAAGGCUAUUCAACGGUGGACAGCCCAGACGACGAGGGAAUCUACCAAACCAUUCCCUAUGAUAUGCCAAUGUACGAGGUACAAACAGUCGCCAUAGAGAUUGGACCUGAGAAAGUGGAUGAUGUGAAGGACAGAGGAUUUUGGAACGAGACCUAUUGCUCUUCCUCCAGUGACGAAGAUUAUGAACACUACCAGAGCCUUAAAGAAGAACCGGAAUAUGAGAACCUGGCCUCAAUGCAACAGUCAGGUUACGAGGUACAGACAUUGACCGUUGAAGUCAACGAGACGGAGGUUGUUCCCGGAGAAGUUUUAAGUGAGACUGGCUUCCAGGAGAGCGUUUCCACUGGGGUGAGACGCAAGCAAGGGAUUUAUGAAUUGCCCCGCUUUCGGCAUUUGUUCGAAGAAGACGACGAUGACGAUGAAGAUAAAGAUGAAGAUGGCGGACAAGAAGAACAACAAGAUUAUGCUGAAUAUGAAGAUAUAUAUGACAAUGUUUUCUUUCCUGAAGCUCCAACCGAGGAGGUAAAGAGGAGGACCUUGAGAAUUUCACCUGAUGAAACAGCUCAAGACGGCAUUUUCUCAUUUGAGAACAAGAUCUUUGGAUUCGACCGUCGAACAACAACGCUUGAAGAAACUCAAAGGAAGAAAAGUCGAAUAUAUCCAUUCAUUUGAAACACUUGCAGUUCACACUCAACCUCGGACCCAGUCCCUUGAAGUCCUCGACCGUUGACAAGCAUAUUUUCUUUGGCUUUCGUUUCGUUUUGAAGUAUUUUGUAGAUAAUAGGUUAUGUCAAUCAUCAUUCACUGCGAGUUUGCUCAUAGAGCACUUUAAUUGCAGCUAAUGUCUGCACUUUUGUGCUGCCAAUUCCGGGACAAAGUUAUAUUUAUAUACUAUAUAUUCGCUUCCACAAACCAGCUAAAUGGUUAGCAAUGACAAUGAAACAUCUUAAUGAGUUUCUAUUACAUGUAAUUGUUACUUAAUUUGUUAUUGGCCGAGUUAUAUCUUAAAUUUAAUUACGUUAUAUUUCAUGUGAGACAUUCAUGAUUAUUAUUCCUAUCAGAUAGCUAUAGUUUAAUCAGACAUUGCUUUGUUCCAGGUUUUUCUAACCAUUGUCGGAAACUAUCGAGUAAUGGCGCGUUCAUUACAUGACUUUGUUAUGUCACGUUCAUUGCGUGACUUUGUUAUGUCACGUUAGCGUUACGGUCUAAAAGGAUCGCGUGCAGGUAUGCGUGAAAGCAUGAUAUUAUAUGUUAAUGGUUUGAGUGGACCUGUCAGAAAAGAGCUUCUUAGCCAAUGAGUGUCUGUUGUGUACGGAACUAGAGAAAAAUAGAGUGUCGAUUAUUUGUUUAAAAAUUUCUUUGUGCCUUCUCGAGUUUUGCUAUAAGGAUCUCUGUCUACAACAAAGCUGCUUAAUCUUGAGGACCUAUCUAGUGAUUUCCCUCUCGAAGUUAAACUUUGGACAUUUGGAAAAGGAUCCUAUAUUAUGAAUUAUACUUCACAUGUCUGCCCUGAAUUCUUGACAAUUUAUGAGAAAACAUAGCUUAUUUUAAGCCUCUAACUCUUCGAUUUUUAAAACUUUUAUUUAUUUUUAUAUUAUAUUUAUUUCUUUUUUAUUCCGAGGUACCCUUAACCUGUGCAAAGAUUUAAGUCUUCGGGAGUGUAAGCAAAAUAACAACCGCUUUCUGAUAAUUUCCAACAAAAGGUGUUAAUCAUCAACAUCUUACUGUGUGUGCGUAUGUUGGCUUAUGGUUAUGCUUAUGCGCAGUGGAAACCAGUCUUUACCAUUUGUCAACAUAUUCAGUUUCUAGUCUCUCAGCUGAAAAGGAAUACGAGAAAUUGAAUUGUAUAUGGUAAGCGCCAUUUUCGUUUUGUUGGUUUGCCGACUUUGGAAAAACCCUUACCAUUAUCCAAUUUCUCAUCCCAACCGGUUUAUUCCCGCAAAUGAUAAGGGCCUAUUCAUUCCCAUCGUGUCCGCUAAUACUCCCAGAGUACUCCCAGAAAAAUUAGGUUGGGGUGUGCAGCUCGAUUCCAAAAACCCUUACCCUAUUUAAGAUCAAAAUCUGCGAUUUUCCCUACCCUAUUUAUGACCUGGACAAAAAUUCCACACCCUAUUAUAACCCGACCCCAAAAUCAAUACCCUGUUUCAGACCUGCCUUAUAAUUAGUUAUCCAGUUCAAACCG